UAAAUCAGAGAGUGAGAGACGAACACAGAGAGAGAGAGAGAGAGAGAGAGAGAGGAGAUACAUACAAAUUUGUUGAAUCUAUACAUUUCUGCUGCACAAUCAAAUUCACAAUGUUCAGGAACCAGUACGACACCGAUGUGACGACGUGGUCUCCGGCGGGGCGGCUGUUCCAAGUGGAGUACGCGAUGGAGGCGGUGAAGCAGGGCUCGGCGGCGAUAGGGCUGAGAUCGAAGACUCACGUGGUGCUCGCGUGCGUCAACAAGGCCAACUCCGAGCUUUCGUCUCACCAGAAGAAGAUCUUCAAGGUCGACGACCACAUCGGCGUCGCCAUCGCUGGACUCACCGCCGACGGCCGUGUUCUCUCCCGAUAUAUGCGGAAUGAGUGUAUCAAUUAUUCCUAUACGUACGAGUCGCCGCUUCCCGUUGGCCGCCUUGUUGUUCAGCUCGCCGACAAGGCCCAGGUCUGCACACAGCGUUCAUGGAAGCGACCAUAUGGUGUUGGCCUGCUAGUUGGUGGUCUAGAUGAAUCUGGAGCUCACCUCUAUUACAACUGCCCAAGCGGUAACUACUUCGAGUAUCAAGCAUUCGCUAUCGGAUCUCGAUCACAGGCUGCAAAAACAUACUUGGAGCGCAAGUUCGAGAGUUUCGUCGACUCUUCACGAGAAAAUCUGAUAAAGGACGCACUUUUCGCACUGAGGGAGACCCUACAAGGCGAAAAGCUCACCAGCUCAAUUUGCACAAUUUCCAUAGUGGGAGUGGGCGAGGCGUUCCAUACGUUGGAUCAAGAAACCGUGCAAGGACUGAUCAACGAGUUUGAGGUAGUCGGUGAAGAGCCGCCAGCUGAUGAGGCUGCUCCUCCAGAGCAAGGCGCCGGCACUGAGGCAGCUCUGGCUCCGGCUGCCCCAGCCGCGGCUGCUGCUGACGAGGGCGCUCCGGCUGACCAAGGUGUUGCUCCGAUGGAUAUUUGAUGAUGUCAUUCUGCUUUGGUUUGCAUUCUAUAAUGCAAGAAAUUGAGUGUAAUGCUGCUUAAUCACCCCCCAUCCCCACCCCCACCCCCCCUCUCAAACCCUGGAACAGAAAUUGUUAUCUAGACUGGAUAAUUUAAGGGUUAGUUAUUUGUGAUUAACCCUUUCUUUUAUUUUGUUGAGCAGCAGACAGUAUGCUUCUUCACUUCUACAAUUUGAGUAUUUAUUAUGCCUUGCUUUUAUGUUUGAA